AUGCGCCCCCUAACCCUCCUAACCGCAGCCCUCACAGGCCUCGCCCAACUCGCGAGCGCCGCCUCCCUCCAGCAAGUAACCUCCUUCGGCGCCAACCCCUCCGGCGCAAAAAUGUACAUCUACGUCCCGGACAAGCUCGCCGCGAGCCCGGCCGUCAUCGUCGCGAUCCACUACUGCUCCGGCACUGCGAGCGCGUACUACUCCAACACGCCCUACAAGGGGUACGCCGACACCUACGGGCUGAUUGUCAUCUACCCGGAGUCGCCGUACUCUGGCACGUGCUGGGACGUCAGCUCGACGGCGUCGCUGACGCACAACGGCGGCGGGAACAGUAAUGCUAUUGCGAAUAUGGUGACGUAUACGCUUGAUAAGUAUGCUGGUGAUAAGAGCAAGGUUUUCGUGACGGGGACUUCUUCGGGGGCGAUGAUGACGGAAUCGCAGAACGAGAAUAUCAGUACUGACAGAACACUCCUCAAGAACGUCAUGGCAGCAACCUACCCAGAACUCUUCGCCGCAGGCAUAGCCUACUCAGGCGUCCCCGCGGGCUGCUUCUACACCGGCACCGUCAACGGCUGGAACUCGACCUGCAGCCAAGGCCAAUCCAUCGCCUCGCAGCAGGCCUGGGCGCAGACGGCACUCAACAUGUACCCGGGAUACUCCGGCGCCCGGCCCCGUAUGCAGAUUUACCACGGCAGCGCCGACACGACGCUGUACCCGCAGAACUUUAAUGAGACGAUCAAGCAGUGGACGGGGGUGUUUGGGUACAGUCUCACGCCGCAGCAGACGUUGCCUGGGACGCCGAGCGGGCAGUAUACAAAGUACGUGUACGGGCCGAACCUGGAGGGUAUUUAUGGGACUGGGGUAGGACACAGCGUGCCCGUUAUGGGGGCUGAGGAUUUGAAGUGGUUUGGUAUUACUGGCGGAUCAACGCAGCCGGGAACGACGACGCAGACCUCGGCGGCACCACCGGCGACGUCGACGGCGAGUGCGCCGCCGACCGGAGGGUGCACGGUUGCGAGGUGGGGCCAGUGCGGCGGGAGCGGGUGGAGCGGGUGUACCGCCUGUGUGAGCCCGUAUACUUGCCAGGCCGCGAAUCAGUGGUACUCUCAGUGUCUUUGA